AUGUAUUCGAGCAAUGACCAAGCGCAAAUCGAAAACGAUGAUGAUCGAGAUAUUACACCUGAACUUUGGCAAGAAGCUUGCUGGACAGUCAUAUCAUCCUAUUUCGACGAGAAAGGUCUUGUUCGUCAGCAACUUGACUCAUUCGAUGAGUUCAUUCAGAUGUCUGUACAACGCAUUGUAGAAGAUUCUCUACCGAUUGAACUGCAAGCACAAGCACAAUAUACUCAUACAGCUCAUAAAGCAGCACUAAAGUGUACCCUUAAAUUCGGACAAGUCUAUUUGUCCAAACCAGUUCACCAAGCCAAUGACGGAGUAGCCCAUCUUUGGCCUAAUGAAGCUCGCUUAAGAAACUUAACCUAUGCAGCACCCUUAUAUGUCGAUCUAAAUAAAACUGUUUAUAAAGAUAAUUCACCACCCGAAGAGAAAAAGUAUGAAAAGGUACAUAUCGGCGAUAUACCCAUCAUGUUGCGUUCAGCAUACUGUCUUCUCGCGGAAAUGACAGAUCGUGACUUAACAGAACUCAACGAAUGUCCACUAGACCCCGGCGGCUAUUUCA